AAUUGAUUCAAUUAUUACCUCAAAUUAACAUAAGAUAACAGAAGAUACGCUUCGUAAACGAAUGGUUUUAUAAAUGUUUUUGAUUAGCUGUAUAUGCAUGUAUUAACGUUUAUUAUCACUGAAAAACUACUUAGAGGCAAAGGAAUUUCGAGAUCUUCUGAGUUUUAUCUGUUUGUAUAGGAGAGGUAAACAUCACUUUAAAGAUGGCGGAGAAGAAAGGAAUAUCAAGCUUAACCGAUGCGUCAAUCGAGAAGGCGUUCGAGAAGACUAAUGAAGACUGUCGACGUCCUGACACGGAUUUAGUUCGGCUAAAGGAAAAUCUGUACGAAGACGCCUUUAAUAUAAUCAAAAACUGGGACGAACCGUUGGGAACAUCGCUAAACUUACAAUGGUCGAAAGGACGGGAAUCUUCAUGGAGAAGGACGUUUGAUGAAGGACUUUCACUGAUGCUCUUGGAUUGUUACAAUGGUGAAGCUAUAGGAAUACGAAUUAUAAAACAAGAUGUCAAAAACGAACAGUUCGAUCCAAGCAAAAUACAAAACGACGCUUUGAGAAAAAUCCACAUAUUUAUUCAUCAAGAGGUUGAAGAAUCGAGGUUUUAUGAAAAGUAUUGUGCUGAAGAAUCGUUUCAUUUCUUAGGAUUAGCUGUUUCAGAGAAGUACCAAAAGAAGGGAUAUGGUAAAUAUUUACUUGAAGUAGGAGUAGAAUUCGUUAAAAACCUUGGAAUAUGUCCGUUUAUUCAUGGCGAAGGAUCGUCGGCGUAUUCCCAGAAAAUAUACGAGAAAAUGGGAUUUGAGACACUGAAAGAAGUCGGAUUUGAGGACUACAAAGUAAACGGUGAAAUAAUAUUUAAGAAUACCGGUGUUCAUAAAACACUUAAAGUAUAUGGACUUCACUGCAUAUAACGGACUCAAUGAUUAUUCUGUUCACAAUGAGUGCAAUAUUAAUGCGUAAGAUAUGAAAUACCUCUUAUAUGUAUAUGGACUUUUACCUGUUGAAUACAGUAAACAGCCUUUAUAAUUUAUUUCGAUCAACUCGCUUUUAAGGCCUGUUAGUAUGUAAAUUGCAGAAUUUAUCCUAGCUUUCAUUACGAAUACAAAUUAACCGGAUUAUAUCGCUUAUUGAUGUUUUUGAACAAAAACAUAUUUUAUAUUACGUACGUAUAACCGCAUAAUUAUGCUAACUUUAAUACCCAGUUCUCCAGUUUUGUGGUCUAAUGGUCGUGUGUUACCUACUAUCAAUACCAAUACGGCAUGGUUUAACUAAGGUGAUAAUCAAUAACAGAUGUAUGUAAGGUUCACUGUAACUACAUCAUCAACUGUAUAUUUAUGGAUGUAUUUCUUAAAAUGAGUGAGAUAAAAUAUGAUUAUAUUUUCAUGUUAUUCACUCUCCUCAAAUACAUAACAAUUAUCAACGACUAAACCGAAAGUGGAUUGGAUAUCAUGUCGAUGAGUCAUGGGAAAACCACUUAAGCAACGGAUGACAUGAAUUUAUAAUGCAAGCGGUCAAUGUCAGUAAGACGCACAUUGAUGUUGUGAUUUAUAGCUGGAAUAUAUGAUUUCGUAGGUAAUUAUAACUGAAGAAUUUGAAAGGCAGAAUACUGACUCGGGCGUGAAACAAUGAGUCACGAAGACCAGCUGAAGAACAAAUUGUAUAGAAACUGGGUAAAAUCUUCACUUGCGUUGAAAUACCUGAAGGAUGGAUUGGAAGGUUUUGUUGACGAUCAGGCUAGUUUGAUGCAUGAUGCAUUUCUUACAUACCUCAAAGGACAGUUAGGUACUCCAGGUAACCUUUCAUGCAAUUGUAAUCUGUGUGACAUUGUACCACAUCAUUGUGUAAUCAAUCAACCGUGUCGAACUGCAAAUCCAAAAAACUGCAACUGUAAGGGAAAGUCACGACGGAAGGGGUGUCCAAAAAGUAUGUGUGGUGUUAUAUACGACCUGAUAGUAGAUGAACAUCAAAAAAAGGAUCCAAUAUGGUCGAAUACGGAUUCAUCAAAAUGGCUUUCCGACCAUUGGGAGAUUGCAAAAUGUUUCCUCAGCAUAACAGGGUACAAAUCGACAGGCUUAGAAGACAUGGACUCGUCCGGUCUGUUGAGCAUUUGCAUUAACUGCAGAUACAUAGCUUCAGCGAUCGCCAACAUGAGGAAUUUUGAACAGGCCCGAGAUCUUCGCAAUACCAUUCUGCACUCCGGUACGUACGAGUUUCAAGAUUACGAAGUGCAAACAUUCAUUGCCAAGAUGAUCGAUGUUCUUUCUGAUGGUGACGUUCUGAGCAAGGAUGUUAACGCAUUAGCAGCUAUUGAGAACCUUAAAAAGCUACAGAUGGAAGACUUUUGUAUUUCUUCUCAAGAGGCAGACGCCAUGUGCGCGAGUGCACGGGAGGAAAACUACUUGAAGCUUAAGCUCCACUUGGAAGAAGAUCUGAAAUCGUUCAACAGAAAGCACCAUUCUUCGGUGCCACUUUCGUCGUUUUUGGAAGAGAACGAAGUUCCCCUGGCAGAAUUAUAUGUCCAACCAGCGCUUUUUUCUGUUGAAAGUCUUGGCUCCACUUUCGAAGGACUUCGUUCAAAAGAAAGACGGAAGGUCAAAAGCCUUCAUGAGAUAUUUCACAAUCAAUCAAAGAGGUGCAAUGAAAUAUAUCUAUCUGCAGAUGCUGGUUUAGGGAAAACGGUCUAUGCUAAAUAUCUUGCAAACCUUUGGUGUGAUUCCAUAUACGACAACAAGGAAUCGGUGGACCUCGAAACUACCCGAAGUUUCGAACCAGACGAUCUAGAAACCAUCCGCAAGUUUGACUUCGUGUUCAUUAUUUUACUUAGAGAGUGUCUUGAAGAUGAAUGCGAUGUCGAUGUUAUGCUAUACAAUCAAGUAAUUUCACAGUUACCAAGAUUACAGUCGUAUUCUCUUGCAUUUAUAGAAAGAGUCUUGAUAUGCGAACAAUGUCUAAUCGUCUUGGAUGGGCUUGAUGAAUGGACUCACCCCGAGAGGGCUGUCUCAAAGUGUCAAUUGAAAGAAUCAAAUAUACCUCACAGAAAACCACGAGCCAAAUGCACUAUAUUGACAACAACCCGUCCCUGGAAAAUAGACGUGAUCAAUUUAAAAACCAGUCAAAUUGAUCGACAUAUUGAAAUAGCUGGAAUUGAAAGCAAAGCCUCGGAAGAACUGAUACAAAAUGUCAUACUAAAAUUUGAAGAUGAAUGUAUUAACCUUUCGGAAUGUUCAAUGAAGCAAUUUUACGACGAACUGCAGAAGAAACACAUAGGUCAUCUUCAGAAAAUUCCACUGCUUUUAAUGCAUCUUCUUUGUGUCUGGUGUGAUGACACGCAACUGGGAGACUCCAUGUGUGAUGUUUUCUGUGAUAUUAUAAAGUUGAACCUCUCCAGAGCUGAGAAGAAAGAUGAAAACUUGUUUCAAGAUGAAGGCAAAGGAGUCGUAAACAAAACCAUUCAGGACCUAUUUGAUAGCAAAUAUCACUCAACAAUACAGGCAUUGGCGAAACUAGCAUUCAAUACAUUAUUUGACGCACAUCGCGAGAGAUCACUGCUAUUUAGCCGGUCGGAAAGUAUCAAAACACUUGGAGAAACAGUUUUUCAGAGCGUUUUGAAGUCUGGUUUAUUGACACAGCGGAAGGUUGUUCGGAAAUUAACUAGACGGGAGUCAGAAGUGUCCUUUCCGCACAAAACAUUCCAGGAAUUCUUUGCAGCCGUUCAUAUUUGUCUAGAGUCAGGCAAAUUGGAGAUGCAGCAGUCACUUUUGACAAUGUGCUCCACUAUCAACACCAUGCUUGAGUUCUCAAAAGUUUUCAUAUUUCUUAGCGGUUUAUCACCUGCAACCGCUUCAGAGAUAUUUUCCAAACUUCAGCCUGCAAUAAAAGCUAGUAAGGAGCGAAAAAUGUAUCUUGCUCAUGGGUCUUUGCUGAAGUAUUGGGAAGAUGUUGCGCCACUUAAAGACUUGCAGGACAUGUUUUUAUCAUGUCAAAUGGAAUACGAAGAUAGAAAGCAAUGCAGCAAUGAAACAUUUUCAGUUAGCGUUUGUGACGUGUUCAUAGACGAUACAAAUAAAAUAAAUCAAGCGUUUUGGAACUUAACAUCCGAUACGUCGUUCGCAAAUACACUGCACAUCAAUGACGUUAACACUGAUGAAGAUUUUAAAAACGUAUUGAGUAAAAUGCCAGCCAAUUUCUUGUCUCAACUCAAAAGACUUGAUAUUUGGGCCAUUGCCAGCGAAACUGAGAUUGAUCAUUUAUUUACCUGUGCGAAAGAAACAUUGAAUAUUUUGAUAUUUCAUUCUGGUUGCUGGAAAAGCAUGCGUUGGGUGGAACAUUAUGUCCCUCUUUCAGAGAAAGCGUUUAAUGCCAUGUGCCUCAUGAUGAACCUUGAAACUUUGUCACUGUGGGACUUGCAUCUUACACACAACCAACUAGUGGAGUUGAGUUCUAGUCUUGAAAAGAAAACUUGCAUUAAACAAAUUGGAUUAGGGGACAUUCACUGUUUAGAUCACGGUGUUUCGUGCAAAGAACUGAGUCUCGACUUGUCGAAGCAAACAAGUCUGAAAAUACUACAAGUGAACUUACUUCCAUAUUCACAUGUGAUGGUCCCGGUGUCGAUCGAGGACUGCGUACUGGGAGCAUUUUUUGAGUCUUGCAUUUUGAAGACUUUAUUUGAAGGACUACAAAGAUCAACCAUGCUACGCGCUUUCUGCUGUUUUGAGCUGAAGAGUGAACAAGAUAUUGAUCUGAUGAUUAGUGCAAUUCCCACACUACGGGCACUGGAGACUUUGAUUUUACAGCGCACCGAUUUAGGGGACAAAAUACUGACGAUAUCAAAAGAAAUGCUAAGUCUUUCUGUGAUCAAAUUGAAAAGAGUACGUCUCUCCGUCAAAUGUCUGAAAACACUUACAGAGCAAAUCUCCGAUUUCCAUCAGCCAAUAACAAUUGAACUUGUCGGAUGUGAAGUAACGACUAGCGAUGACUUUGAGCAAUUUAAAGUAGACAUUAUGGCGUCUAGAACAUUCAAUGUUAUCGAAAACAGCAUUGACCAAUACAAACGAUCGAGGUUCGUUUUCCAGAGAAGAAAGUGACGUUGCAUAAAAUCAUUCUGUGUUCAGAUAAUAAUUCUCAAGUUCAGUGCGAAAUAGGGACAAGUGCAAUAUUAUACACAUACGACUCGUAACGGAUUUGUUUUAUUUAUUUUGUAUUUUAUUCUAUAUUUAUUUUAUGUUUAGAGAUUACAAUACAUACCUAGCAAUACUCUUUAUCUAUAUAUUGAAAUGCUACGUGUGUUUUAUUGUUGAAAGAUGCUAACAUUUAUCAAUAAACAUAUUUUAAUGUA